UUUUGUGUAUGAAAUAUUAGUCAGCACAUCCCGUUAUAAAUGUUAUUAACUCAUAACACAAUUAACAUGAAAUUUUCAAAGCUAAAAACAUUAAAACGGUUCUGACGAUUCUGUGAUUUUGAACUAAAUAUAUUAAGAUGUCGUCAAACAGUACAAUUGAAGAUUCUAAAAAUACUGAUAUGCUUACUCGAAGUUGUUCAGAUCGAAGUAAUGACCGAAAUCGAAACGCUUAUAGUAACCGUGAAAAAUGUUAUGAUCGAUUAAAGCAACAAUGUGAUAACGCAAUGCAUGAGUUAAUGAUAUUGAGAAGACAACACGGAGAAACAGUGCAAAGAUACAAUCAGACACGAACAGAAUUAGAAUAUUAUCGUGGUCAAAAUCAAGUUGUGAUUAAUGAAAUCGAACAGGUUGCCCAAGAAUCAUCUUCAUUUGGUUCUAAACUAGCUGCCGAUAAACAAAUUUUGAAUAGACACAAACAGGAAGAUCGGGCUGCUAGAAUAAAUACAAUGUGCAUUUAUGUGCAUCGUAUGUCAGUCUAA